AAUGAGUCAAAAAAGGUGGACUAAAGGGUCAAACCAUAGAUUUAGGAAAAAGCAAAGAGAUGAAUCAGAUGAUGAAACAAAUCUUAGGGCAAAAUUAAAGCAAGAUUCAGAUUUCAGAGUCCUUAAUACAAACAAUGAACACCAAUUUUGUUAUUGGAUUGUGGGGUUCCCAUCUACUCGAACCAACCAAACAACUUGGCGCGUAAUUCCAAUUUUAUUAAACAAAAUUAUGGAAGAAAUUAUUAGUAAUGAAUUUACCCAGAUCCAAAUACCCACAAAAAGAUACCCUUUUGUACUGUUCUUCCAAUCAUCAUCAUCAUUUCUCCCACUUUCUUUCUUUCUCUCUCCUCUCCCACCUGCUUUGUUUUUGUCUAAAUUUGCUGCAGAAAUUUGGGGGAAAGUUUGAAUCUUUUGUAUUUUAUUUUUUUAAUUUUUUGUUUGACAAGGGUUAAUGGAAACUUCUGGACCUCAGCUCAUAGAACCUGAAGCUGUUCUUGCUAAUCAUCAGGGUGAACAUAUAGAUGAGAGUUCAACAGCUCGUCACUCAAGACGUCCAAACCUAUCUCUUCUGCAAAUUCCUGCCAGGUCUUUGGAAAAUAAUAUGUCAAGCACAGAUAUUAUUACCAUAUCGAGUCCCUCUUCCACCAGAGCAGGAUUGCCACCAAGACCAUUCUCAGCUGGUUUCAAAUCAUCUAUGCGGAAUAUGCUUCCUCAGAGAAGCCUCUGCGCAAAGACUUCUUCUCAUGAUGGUGAAAAGACAUUUCUUAUCUUCUCAAACAUACCAAAGUCAGACAUUACUACGGAAAAGCCUUCUACUUCAAGGUCAUUCUCUCUCAACAAGGUUUUUUCUUCUCCUUCAACCAAGAGAGCAUGUUCAUUACCAGUUACACCCAUUGCAAAUUCAGGUUCCAAGUCUGUGCGGGAAAGGGAUGCGAAUCUUGUCAACCUUCCUAAUGCCGCAAACCAAGAAGCAGAGCUGCCAAUGAAACGCUCAUUUUCUGUUCCAGUGAAUGUGAGAAAUGCAAGCUUAAGAAGAUUGGGUUCCACAGGAGGUGUAAUCCGUGUUGUUCCAGUGACACCUCAUCAAGUGAAAGUUGAUAGUUCUUUGGAAAAUGAUACAGCAGUUGUAGAAAUCGGUAAUAAAGAUGCCAGUGAAGACAUCCCUGAAGAAGAAGCUGUUUGCAGAAUAUGUUUGAUCGAGUUAGGGGAAGAAGGUAUUACAUUUAAGUUGGAGUGCAGCUGCAAAGGUGAACUUGCACUUGCUCACAAGGAAUGUGCUGUAAAGUGGUUUACUAUUAAAGGAAACAAAAUAUGUGAUGUUUGCAAGCAAGAUGUGAGGAAUCUCCCAGUGACCUUGUUGAGGCUACCAACUCCUCGUCCUGUCCAAACGCGACCACCGAUCAUCACAGAAAGCACGCAAGUCCCGCAUUACAGGGUCUGGCAUGAUAUCCCGGUUCUUGUGUUAGUGAGCAUGCUAGCAUAUUUUUGCUUUUUGGAGCAACUUCUGGUGUCAGAUCUUGGAGCACGUGCUCUGGCCAUAUCAUUACCCUUUGCGUGUGUUCUGGGUCUUCUAUCUUCCAUGAUAGCUUCUACCAUGGUGAGCAAGGGAUACAUAUGGGCAUAUGCUUCGUUCCAGUAUGCAAUUGUGGUCCUCUUCGCUCAUAUCUUUUAUACUAUACUUAAUGUUGCUGCACUUCUGUCAGUUCUUCUCUCCUCGUUUACUGGAUUUGGAAUUGCAAUAAGCACAAAUGCCCUAAUUGUGGAAUACCUUAGAUGGAGAGUUAGUUCUACUCAACAAACUUCCCGUCUUCCUCUUAACAGAAGUAGGCAGCCCAGGCAACACUUUCGAGAUCAUAAUCAUCAUCACCACCACAUCCACCAGCAUCAACACCAGAUGCAUCAGCAACCUGUACGUGUUGAUGAAGUGUCUUUGGGCCCCAUGGACAAUAUUAGAUCAUAAAAUCACGGGUAGAGUGUCCACAGUCCCUGAGACAGACAUGAAAUGAUGUUUACCGAAGUGCUUGCAGUGAUGUACUCCACUAUGCACGAAGUCGAAUUCAAAGAUAAAAUGGCAGCUGCUCAGUUCUUAUGGAGUCUAUACACGGAAAUGAUGUCUACAGCAUCACUGCACUAUAUAUGCUGAAUUCUUCAUGAUGUUGGAGUUUAUGAAAGAAGACAGUGUUACGGUCCAAGGCCGAGGUUGUCAAGAGGUGUAGCGUGCACCAAAAAUCUUGCAGCUGCUUCACUCUCCAACCUCUCCACCUCUACAAAAAGAAAAAAGGUUUAAAAGCCUUGAAUUUUUUUAGCUCUAGCUCACAUUUGCAGUCAAAAUAUGCUUGAGGAUGCCUGCUGCCUUUACCUCUUCCUUGGGAUUUUUUUUCAAUGAAGGAGAUUGCAGGAUCGGGAUCCUCUACAGUAUCUGGAUUUGGGUGGGGGAUUUUUGAAACUAUCUUGCUCAUUCCGGGGUCCAGUAAAUUGAGAAAAGUCUCAUGGAGAUGGGAGUGUUGUGUACCCAUUCAUAGAAGAGUUUUGUGAACUUGUGUGCAUGUGUUUGUUUCGUUUAGACUUUUUCGUAAUCUUUUAUUACAGAUAAACUUCUGUAUCAGGAUUUAGCAUUUAGAAGAAGCCAAGAUGCUUGUCCUGUUAUCCAAACAGUUUUGUAACGGCAGCAGAAUAUACCCCUUGGUUAUUUCAGACUAGAAAAUGCAGGAUAUAUUUAUGCACAGACGGUAAUUUUCUUCA